AUGAAGAAGGGUCAAAAAGAGACCAAAGUUGAAACAGAAAUGCAAACGUGGCCGAGGUGGUUACUGGUUCUAACUGGUCUUUGCCUCAUCCACGGUCCCAACAGGAAGUCUAGUAACACUUGGGAAGCUUUGAAACCGCGACACGUACCACAGGAUUGGUAUGAUAUCGUCUGGUUUAAAGGAUCACUGCCGAAGCACGCUUUUACAAUGUGGAUUGCCAAUUAUGAUAAGCUACCAACAAAGGCAAGACUAGCUUCAUGGGGAGUACCUGUCUCACCGUUGUGCUCUUUCUGCUCCAAGGAAGAAGAGUCCAGAGAUCAUCUACUGCUAUCAUGCGAUUACAGCCAGCAAGUUUGGAGUGAAGUCUUUGCUAGAUGUCAACCUCCGGCCUCCACUUUUACAAAAUGGGCGGAGCUGCUCUCAUGGAUUCGACAUCCUCGAUCCAAGCGGGCUGCUCUGCUCAGAAAAUUGGCAGCGCAAACGGUGGUCUUCCAUCUUUGGAAGCAGCGAAACAAUCUCAAUCACAACCAGAUAUCACUCCUGCCGAUAGAUGUUUUCAAGAAUGUUGACAGGGAGCUGAAGAAUAUCAUCUCUUCUAUGAGAGAGACUAAAAGCUUCAAGAACCUAAUGGUGAAGUGGAUUCGGUAG